UGUGACACACGGCAGAUAUUGAUAACGAGCCCCUAAUCUAGGAUCCGCUCGGUUUACAUAACAAUGUGUACAAUCAAAUCAUUCGUUAGUCGGUGUAAUGUUCGGGCAGGUCGAUGGUAGUGGGGACAAAUCCAUAAUUUUAUUAAAAGAAGUCAAUGUCAAGGUGCCAAAAAUGUCGAAGCUCACAGGGUUCCCGAACACGACCGCGCCGGCGGCUGCAGGGCUCACGUACCGCGGCAUCGUGGAGAACAUGAGCAUCCCCGCCGACCUGCACCAGCGACCUGAUGGUAGACCCUACGCCAGCUUCGGCAGCGUCGUGCCCAUCCACUGCUGCACUCCCGAACAGGUGGAACAGCGUCGCAAGACGACGCACCACUACUGCGACAUCUUCACGGACGAGACGCUGGCGCCGCUCGGAGACCUGGUCUACGUCAGGAUCGACGAGAACACUGCAGAGAAGGUGUUCAUCAACCGUCGGCAGCGCAUCCUGCUGGUGUCGAGCGACGGCGUGCUGGCGCAGUGGCGCCUGGCGCCCACCUUCGAGUCCGCCAACGUGUACCUGGCCGGCACGCCCAUCGUGGACCAGGCAGGCCAGCUCGUGUCCCUCGUCACCGCCCGGUGGGGCAGGCACUACGCCGUGUCUGCCAUUGAGGGCGAGGGAGGUUACUUCGACACAUCACUUCCCUGGGAGACGCUGACGAUUCCAGAGGGCUCGUCCGUGUACGGCAACAGGACGUUCCAGUCGCGAGACGAACUGAGGGAGUACGUGGCCAGCCUCCCCCCCGCGGGCGCGCCGGUGGCGGGGGAGGUGUCCCCCCUGCUGUACGUGGGGGGCAGCCCCCGCCUGGUACUAGUGUCCCCGUCGGGGCGCCAACUGUCGCACCACUACCUGCACGGGGUCAUCACCAACGUCGAGUACCUGUGACCUGCGCCGUGUGAUACUCACGUACCUACGUACACACUAUCUAGACUAUGUCAUAGUGCGUAGCUCGUCUAUUGAUAUUUUUAAUGAUUAAGUUUUGCCAAAGACAUGUUGUUUCAUCAUUUCAUUUAUAAACCUUAAUUCGUAAGUGUUACAAAUAUUGAAAAACCUUUUUUAG